ACACAUUUACAUAUUACAGGUGUUAGUUAUAACUUAGAAAUAAAUUAAAUAUUAUUUGGAGUUAUUCAGUUAUUAUUAAGAGUACAUAUUGAAAAAUAAUAAAUAUAUUUUUGUAACUUAUGAUGGCAGAAAGCAAUAAAUCUUUACGGAUUGAUUGGUUCGAUGGUACAGUUAUUGAGGAGACAAGACCAAAUACUUCUUUCAGAGAUGAAAUUUCUACACCGCCUCCAACUAAAACUCAAGAAAUAGAAAAGAAACACAUAGGCUUUAAACGUCUGCUCGACAUCUCAUAUUUAAAGCCUCCUAUUUUAAAUUUAGAACUUUCUAAUCGACCAGGGUUUUGGCUUCUUUUCAAUUCCGAAAUAAAAGAUGAUUUUCUUGUUUUAAUUACAAAAGUGAUAGCGACAGUUUACAAUUCAAUAGAGGUGACUGACAAAACAAAAAUUGUUAACUUAUUGAGAAAUAAAUUUGAAAAAUCGGACUUCUUGAUUAAGUUGAAGAAUUAUUUAAAUGGAUUACCAAGUGUUAGAUUGGUCGACAAAAGAAUGAAUAUGCAGUUUUGGAACGACGUAGAGGGAUUUUACUUUCAAGUGUAUGAACUGUGUAAGGCUAUGUUUAAUUUUGGUGUGAACGGGAAGACUUUACAAGAGCUAUAUGAUUUGUUGGAAGUAACAGAGCUGAGUGCCUUAGGAGUGCAGGAAGUACAUAUGGAACCUAUUGGUGAAAAAUUUUAUGAACAAGUUAAUGAUAUAAAAAUGGAUAUAUCAAAAUCAAUCAAUAAUAAUACCAAACAACCUACUGAGAAACCGAUAAGCAGUGAUCCUCGUAAUUUCAGAAACUUAAACAUAUUUCCAUCCAAAGAUGACUUACUUGAUAUAAGUAAUGUUAAAAUUGUACCUCAUAUUGUGAAUGGUGCAUAUCCCUCCCUCGAACAUUAUUUGGAUUUACAAUUUAAACUGUUGAGAGAAGAUUGUUUUGGUCCACUGAGAGAAGGCAUAAAUAAAUAUCUAGCAAAUCCUUUGAAAAGAAAAUAUGAAAAUAUAAGAGUAUAUCCAAAAGUUCGUGUAAUCCGCGCGUAUGUGAGCAACAAUAAAGUUGGUCAUUUAGUGGAUAUAGCGUGGGGUGAGAGAGCAUCAAACAUUUCCGUAGACUACAGGAAAUGUGCUCACAACAAACGACUGAUGUAUGGAAGCUUAGUAUUAUUCACCUGUGAUAGUUUCCAGAACAUUCUGUGCGCUUCUGUAUUGGAUUCUAGUUUGGAUCUCUUGAGAUCUGGAUGUAUUGCUGUAUCCUUUCAAAAUCCAAUACCGAGCAGUGUGUAUUCUGAAAAGUUUCUUAUGGUUGAAAGUGAAGUAUUCUUCGAGCCAUAUCACAGAGUGCUAAAAGUAUUGCAGGAAUACCAUGACGUUAUACCCAUGAAGAAAUAUAUUAUUGAUGUACAGCCAGAAUCAAAACCACCGGCUUACCUGACAGGAAACACCACUUAUACUAUCAGAGAUCACGAAUCACGAGAGAUUACUUUUCCAGUAGUUAAUACAGAUCAAUGGCCGACACCGGAAGCCUUUGGGCUCGAUCAAUCACAGUUAAACGCCUUUAAAUUCGCAUUGACAAGAGAAUUUGCUGUCAUACAAGGCCCGCCUGGUACUGGGAAAACGUUCUUAGGUGUCAAAAUCGCUUCUACCCUCCUCAACAAUCUGUCUUUCCAGAACAACCCAAUGCUAAUAAUUUGCUACACGAAUCACGCCCUUGAUCAAUUUCUAGAAGCCAUUCUCGGUAUUACCAAGAACAUUGUUAGAUUGGGAAGUCAGAGCAAAAGUAAAUUGUUAGAACCGUACAAUAUAAAUAAUGUUAGAUUGAAAACGAAAUCGAAAUAUUCCUAUCUGUUUUCUAAGAAACGGACUGAAAUUGAGGUUAUAUUCAAAAAAAUGACAGAUUUGCAAACAGUGAUCGAGAAGUGUGAGAGAGAAGUGCUCUGCUACAAAACUAUUAAGAAACAUCUUAAAAUUGGUGACGUACUACAUGAACUGAACGCGUGCGAUGAAGACGCGGUCUUAGAUUGGCUGUUUGAAGCAAAUAACUCGAAGGAACGUACAGACGACUGGGAGAAGUUUCUAGAAUACGAUGACGGGAUAGAGACGUGUUUCUCAGAAGAAUAUGCAUUGAGACAAAUAAGCACUAUGAACGACAGUAAGAAGUGUUUGAUCGAAAAUACGGAUCAAAUCAAGGGGGAUAACGCUAUUGAGAAAUUUCAAAAACUUAUAACCAAAAUGAAAAAUAGAUUAGAAACUUUUAAGAACUACAUCGUUUGUGCGGGUCUGUAUCAAAACCUGGAUGUUCCGAGUGUCAAUGAUCUAUAUGAACUCGGCCAAGAUGACAGAUGGAAGUUGUACUUCAAAGCUGUUGAAGGAGUUAAACGUGAACUAACCGAGAAGAUGAACCGUUUGAUAACAGAGCACAGCGCAUGUAGUGAAGAGCUAUCUGAAGUCAGCAACCUCAUUGAUGAAGAGGUCCUGGGAUGUGCGAGGGUUGUGGGAAUUACCACCAGUGGAGCAGCCAGCAGACAUCGGCUCAUGGAUAAACUGGGUUGUAGUGUAGUUAUUGUUGAAGAAGCAGCUGAAGUAUUGGAGGCACAUAUUGUUGCUUCACUUACACACAAGUGUGAACAUCUUAUACUGAUCGGAGACCACAAACAACUGAGACCAUCAACAGCCCAUUAUGUGUUAGCAAAGAAAUACAAUCUAGAAAUAUCUCUGUUUGAAAGAAUGAUAAGAAAUGAGAUACACUCUAUCACUCUAACAACUCAGAGGCGAAUGAGAAGUAACUUCGUUGAACUCUUGGUUCCUGUGAUAUACGAUAAAUUGGAUAGUUUUAAUGUAGAUUAUCCAAAGGUUAAGGGAAUGAAGGAUAAUUUGUACUUUUAUAAUCACAGUGCCUGGGAAGAUACUGAGGGUCUAGAAGACAGUUGGAGUCAUAAAAAUUCUUUUGAAGCGAAGUGGUGUGUUUCACUCGCUAACUACUUGAAACUAAUGAAAUAUGACAGUGCGGACAUCACCAUACUCACAACAUAUACCGGACAAGUGACUCUGAUUAAGGAGAUGGCGUCAAAAUAUCAUCUCCUAAGCAACGUCAAAGUGGUAGUUGUAGACAACUAUCAAGGCGAGGAGAGCAGGAUAGUUAUACUGUCAUUAGUAAGGAGCAACAGAGACGGAGAUAUAGGAUUCCUCAAUGCCAGGAAUAGGAUAUGUGUGGCGUUAUCUAGAGCCAAGGAAGGUUUCUACAUCUUCGGUAACAUGAAAGUUCUAGAAAAAGCUAGUCCGACAUGGCGUCAAAUACACGAGAAAUUGAAAAUACAGAAAGCUAUAGGAAACAAAAUCACAGUUAUGUGUGACAUUCAUGGAAAAACACUCGAUAUAAGAUCUACGGCGGAUAUGGAUAACUGCUUGGACGUUUGCUGUCUGAGAAACUGCAGAGAAUGAAUUAGUAAUAAACCUAUGUACCGAUAAA